AUCUGCUGAUAAAUUUCGUAGGUCGCAUUGUUUGUCGACGCGUAUCCUUGUCAAAAUCAUCUCUCGACAAAGAAGAGCGUCGAGAUAUUAGUAAAAUAUCAUGUCACCUGCACGUGACCUAGCUAGGCACCGCCUAAGAUACCCCGCGACUUCACACUCGUCAUUUCAUUCUCAACCCUAAUUAACUCCUCUUUUCCACAACUGCUCUGAAAAAAAUCCCCUUUCUCCCAUAUCUACUCUCAAACUUCAAUGGAGUUGCAGACUUGUUCGUUCAUAACAAUGAAAUUUGCAUCUUCUACCAUGUGGUUGCUAUCUUUUAGGAGGUCUUGCACAAGAGGAACUGUAGGAUUUCUAUUGGAUGUGCUUAUUGACAAAGUUUGCUUCGGGAAAAAAGAGAGAAUGUUGUUACUGAUAACUGACCGAUACAGUAAUUCACGAGGAUGACUCACUACGUGACUACGUACUGACUGAAGAAGGGCUUUGAUGAGUACAUGAAUUUAGUUUUAGAUGAUGCUAAAGAAGUGAAUGUAAAAAAGAAGACCAAAAAAUUACUUGGGAGGAUCCUACUAAAAGGAGACAAUAUUACCCUGAUGAUGAAUACUCUCUUAGAGAUGAGAAUGCAAAGAUGAUUAAGACAAUGACAACACUAUUUUCUAGGUGUAGAAUCCGCUCGCAAUGGAGACGCUUUGACACAACUAGACGCUGCACAAACAGCCUUGCGUAUGGCUAACCCUCCGCUGUGGGCUUUUGAGCACUUACCUUGGCUGGCUCCCCGAAAGGGGCAGAGGCCUUUGGAGUACCCUGCCGGUCGUCGUUGGGGUCGGAAGAAGAAGCUGACAGUGCAUCCACCGCCCGAUACCGUGUGGGAUCUCAUUCGGGACGGGAACCCUGAGCAUGUGGUUUGGACCCCAUGGCGCUCCUUCAGGGGUACUUAUGCUUCGGUCAGGGAUAGUUAUGCCCUGAGCCAGAUGCGGGUCUUGUUCGUUGGCCGCCGGGACCCUGUCUGGUACCUGGGAGAGCGGGUACGUAUGCAGACGGUCGGGGCUUUUUCGGUGCCUAGGCCUCCGCCUGCGACCAUGUUGUCCACUCGUUCGAUAGGCGAGUCGUGGAGGGUCCACUCGAGGACUGGCGUGCCGGCGACGGAGUUGGUGAUAGAGGGAGCUAGCUAUUAUCAGUUUAUCCAGGAUUCUCUUCGUCUCCCGGACCCCGGCGCUGAGUGUCCUGACCCUUCGUUGGGGGGAAGGGUGCUUCCCGAUGCUCGGAUCUCGUAUACCGGAGAGAGUGGAUCCGAGAUUGUGGAGACUUUCCCGGAAGACCGGGUUUUCCAUGCUCCGCUCCCUGAGGGAGUACAGGCGGUUCCGGCCCGUACGGCCAACGCGAUGGUGGGGGUGAUCAACCGGUUGAAGUCCGCGUUGGUUCGGGCCCGAUCUCCACUUUCUUGCAGGAGCCCCCACUCUACUCGGACGGGUGCCGGACGAGCCGGGGCCGACGACGCGGGUCCCUCGGGCGGGGGACACGGUCGUGAGAGAGAGAGAGAGAGGGCACGACACUCGCCCCUACGGCAUCGCCGUUCCGACACGGGGGUGAGUCCUUCCGGGGAGAGGUCCGGGCCGGAGCGUAGGCGACGUUCCGUGUCGGUGGCCUGAGAGCCUAGCCCCGAGUUGCAGUCACAGCCUCAUUUUUGGGGUGAUUCUGGCUGGGGGUCCUCAUACCACGGGGAGUGGAGUGGAUGGACCGGCGAGGCUUGGAGACAUGAAGCCGAUGACGAGUCUUAGGCUUAUCUCCUGUUUUGUAUAUAUUCAUUCUUGUAUUCCGCAUGUAUAUAUAUAUUUUUUUGCGAUUUUUUUUUGGUGCAAGAAUGUUUUGAGCCUUCCGUGGGCUUUGCCUUAACAUAUUAUAGUAAUAUUAGCUUUCUAAA